AUGCAGUCCGUGUUGAGCCAAAAGAUGAACCUCGCCCCGAAGGCUGGGGCGCUCCGCGCGGGAGCGAAGAAGGCGCGCGCCACUCGGGCGACGCGGACGACGGCGAUGCUCUCGAUGAGCAGCGGGCCGGCGACGACAGAGGGCUUCGGCUCCGCGUGCUUCAAGGGUGCGGUCGCGGAUAAGUACUUGAGCAAAUACGGUGAAUCUUCAACGCUCCUUGCGAACGGGAAGUGGACGAAGGACAUGGCGAAGGCUGACAUCGUCGCCAAGGCUGUGCUCGACUGGGCCGUUGAAAAUGGAGCCUCUGUGUACUGCCACUGGUUCCAACCGAUGGGCUCCUCGGGCGUCCGUCACGGUAACAGCGGUCAAGUGCACCAGUCCAUGUUCAACUUCGCCGAGGAUGGCACUCCGUACUACUCGUUCACGGGCGAGCAGCUUCUCCAAGGGGAGACGGAUGGUUCCUCCUUCCCGAACGGUGGCAUGCGCGCGACGCACACCGCGGGUGGCUAUCUCUCCAUCGAUCCGUACUCGCCGAUCUUCCUCCGUGAAGAUACCGUCUUCAUUCCGGCCGCGUUCGUUUCUUACAACGGCGACGCCCUCGAUGAGAAGACGCCGCUUCACCGCGCCACUGACGCUUUGGACAAGCAAACAAAGCGUAUGCUGAAGGCGAUGAAGUACGACGUCGGUUCGGCCAGCGUGUACGCGAACAUUGGUUUGGAGCAAGAAAUCUUCUUGACCCCGCGCCAUGCAUUCUACCGCCGUCCGGAUCUUCAAUUCACCGGCCGUACCAUCACCGGUAAGUUCCCGGCGCGUGGCCAAGAGAUGAGCGACCACUAUAUGGCCCCGAUUUCCCGCGCCACCGGUGCGUUCGAGUGCAUGCGCCAAAUUCAGCAAGAAUGCUUCAAGAUGGGCAUUCCUUUGAAGACUCGCCACCGUGAAGUCGCGCCCAACCAGUACGAGUUUGCCCCGAUGUUCGGCAACGCCAUCUCGCAAGUUGACCAAAACUUGAUGAUCAUGCAAGUUAUCGAGGAAGUUGCGUCCGAGCACGGCCUCGCGGCGCUUCUCCAGGAAAAGCCGUUCGCUGGUGUCAACGGCUCCGGUAAGCACAACAACUGGUCCAUCGGCACCUCCGACGGCCUCAACUUGAUGAAUCCGAAGCAAGUGAACGCAAAGACUGGCAACCCGGAAAUCUUCCCGUUGGUUAUGGCCGCCAUGGUCUCCGCUGUUGACAAGCACGGUGACUUGAUGCGCGCCGCGAUCGCAUCCCCGGGCAACGACUUCCGCCUCGGCGCCAUGGAGGCGCCGCCGGCUGUCAUGUCGACCUACCUUGGCCCGUCCCUCACAGAGUUCCUCAACACGGUGAAGAACGGUUCCCUUGGUGAGUACGCCCCGAAGAAGAAGCCGCUCGAAUUCGGUUCCGAUACCUUGCCGUCGAUCGAAGUGCCUGCUGAAGAUCGUAACCGCACGUCACCGUUCCCGUACGGUGGCAACCGCUUCGAGUUCCGCGCCGCCGGUUCUUCCCAAAACGUAUCUCUUGUGAACACGGUGCUCAACACUAUCGCGGCCGAAGCUUUCAAGAUCGUCGCUGACCGCCUCGAAGCCGGCGAAAAGCCGCUUGCCAUCGCGCAAGACUUGCUCAAGACUCACGACAAGUGCAUUUUCAAUGGCAACGGUUACGAUCCGGCCUGGCCGGAUGAAGCCGUCAAGCGUGGUAUCUGGCGUAUUGACGCUGGCUGCGACGCCAUCAACGAACUUGACAGCGCGAAGAACGUCACUCUCUUCGAAGGGAUGGGUAUUUUCACCGCGAGAGAAAUCCAGGCUCGUAAGUCUGUCCUCCUUGGUCACUACGUUGGUUCCGUCGAGAUGGAAGCGUUGACCAUGAUUGACAUGAUCAACCAACACGUCAUCCCGUCCGUGAAGAAGGCUGACUUGGGUAACCCGAGCAAGCUUGUUGACGCCGUGAAGACCAUCAAGGGUGCCGUCGCGCAAAUUCACGGCACCGAGGACGAGCACAAGGCGGCUACGCUCGCGCGCACCUUGCGCUUGACCACCAUGGUGGCAAUUCGUGAGAUUAUUGACGAGUUUGAAAGCCGCUGCCCGCCGGAAGACUGGACUCUCGCGACUUACUCCGAGCUGCUCUUCUUCGACACCUACCCGGAGUCGGAAUACGGCUGCUAA